AAAGAGCCUCUCUCUGCCCUGCAAACGGACGAUCCGAAGAGGAAGAGAAGAACCCCCCCCUUUCUCUCUCCUCUCUCUCUCUCUCUCUCUCUCUCUCUCUCUCUCUCCGACUCUUCCUUUAUCUACUGCCCUAUAUGAUCAUCACUGGGUAACAGAGAGAGAGAGCACGCAGAUGAAAUUGCCAUAAAAAAGCAAGAACCCGUGCCGGGAUAUCAUUCCCGCCUAAUUUUCCCCCAUCAACCGCCCCACAGCUCAGAUUUCCCCCCAAGACUUUCUUCGUUCUCACCGUUAACUGAGCGAUCGCGAGGUGGGUUUUGGCUCUAGGCCAAUGGAAUUGCUGUAGAUUCAGCGGAACGAUCGGUCCUUCUUUUGGUUCGAAGCUCUCCCUGUCCUUCAUGGCGGUCGCAGAAAAUGCUGGGGUCAAGAUCGGCUCAUCCAGUCAAAACUUGGACUCUAACAACGGCAACCCACCGAACGGUCUCGAGAAGCCAAAACCCAGGAAUGAUCAGGCCGUUAAAACCCCUCCCAGCUCCAAUUUUGACCAUGAGACUAAUAAGCUGGAGACCCCAGUGAACGGCGGAGCUCAGGUGGGUCAGAUGAGAAAUGGGUUCGACAAGAAGGGUCAGCAGAUUCUGGUGAACGGUCUCAAGUCCAGUGACAUCGGGGAUUUGGCUGAUAUUCUGUCCAAACUGAACCCAAUGGCAGAGGAAUUUGUGCCCCCUUCUCUUGUUUAUAACAGCAACAACGGUAGUAAUUAUGGAUACAUGACUAACGGUGAUCUGGGGUUCGGAUAUGCUAACAAUUUUGUAGUGCACCCUGAUGUUGCCAGCGUUAAUGGACUUACACCAAGAAGGAAGAAGAAUAACUACAACCAUGGUGGCAAGAGAAGGAUGAACACCAGGACUGGUAUGGCACAGCGGGAGGAGGUAAUCAGGAGGACUGUUUAUGUUUCUGACAUUGAUCAACAGGUGACGGAGGAACAACUCGCUGCUCUGUUUAAUAGUUGCGGGCAGGUUGUUGACUGUCGUGUGUGCGGAGAUCCUAAUUCUUGUCUCCGUUUUGCUUUUAUUGAGUUCACUGAUGAAGAGGCUGCAAGGGCUGCUUUGAGUUUGGCAGGAACGAUUCUAGGGUACUACCCUCUGAGGGUGAUGCCUUCUAAGACUGCAAUUGCCCCAGUCAAUCCAACUUAUUUGCCAAGGUCUGAUGAUGAGCGUGAGAUGUGCUCGAGAACUGUUUACUGUACAAACAUCGAUAAGAAGAUUACCCAGUUAGAGGUCAAGAUCUUCUUUGAAUCACUGUGUGGAGAGGUUCGGCGCCUGAGGCUACUCGGAGAUUAUCACCAUUCGACUCGCAUUGCUUUUGUCGAGUUUGUGAUGGCUGAAAGUGCAAUUCUCGCCCUCGGCUGCAGUGGAGCAGUCCUGGGAACGCUGCCAAUUAGGGUAAGCCCUUCAAAGACACCAGUCAGGACUCGCAUGCCUCGCUCUCCAGUCCACUAAGCUAUGAUCCCAUUCAGCAUGGUCCGGGAUGAUCCUCGCUGCCCAUUAUCAUAUAUAUAAAUAUAUAUAGAGACUAUAUAUAGAGUACUAUUCUAGACAAUACUUGCACAGGUCUUCAGAGUCGCAAUUUAUGAGUAUGGCGUAAAGUCCGAACGGGGUCUCAUUGUACUCUGUCAUUUUGCAUCUCAGCUUUCGGGACCUUGUUGAAAUUCAGACAGGUCACUUGAACAUUUUGUUCAUUAAGCUUGUAGAGACAAGAAGGGUACCGAGUGAAUGUUCGACCUAUUCAUGUUGCUGGUUGAUGCAAUUUAGAUCAUGCCUGGAUUCAAAUUCCAUUCACUUUUAUUGUUUUGUAAUUGGUUCUGCUC